AUGGAAUACCGCGACUCCUAUCGUGGCUACGAACGUCCUGCGGGCUUCGACGACCCGGCGUCGGCCUACAAGCACCCGAUCGAGGAUGCCUUUGACCGAUCUCGGAAACGUGGUCGCUCGCCCUCUCCGACGUUCGACCGGUACGCCUCGGAGCGUCGGGCGAGCGCGUACGGCGCCUACCCUCCCGCUCCCGGCGACGCCUGGGACCGCGAGAGGGAGUAUCCUCCGCCCGCCGUCGACGGCAAGCCUUACGUCGCCGCUGCUCGGGGUGGCUACGACGAUUAUGGUCGCGGCGCCGACCCGUACGAGCGGGACCGCGAGCGCGCACUGGAGUGGGAGCGGUACUACCGGGAGCGAGAUCCGGCGUACCUCGACGACUACGGCGCAUCGGAUCGGGACCGCUACGAGGCGAGGAGGCGGUACGACGACGAGGACCCGCGCGACCGCCACUACCGCGAGCGCGACCGAGGCUUCGCGGCGUAUGGCGAUGUCGGGCCCGCAGCCUCGGCGACGCCCCAAAGGAGGGGCGGCCCAGACUACGGUCGCGACGUCAGCGGCUCCGCAUACCGCAACGGCGGAGGCGAGGCGCUGCCGCCACCGGACCCGAUGCAGUCCGAGACGCUGCUGCCGUUCCGGGCAUUCGCCCAGAUGACCAAGGCGGCCCACCCGUCGGCAAAGGACCGGAGCAUCGACGUGCCCACGACGCAAGAGCUGUACGAGGGCUACCAGGUCUACCGCUUGGCCUUCUCCAAGCGGGCGAUGCAGGCCUUCUUCGAGAGGCGGAAAGACGAGCCUUGGUUCCAGGAAAAGUACAGCGCGGCGGAAGGGUUCGUCGCCGCGCGGCAGAAGCGGAAGCGCGCUGGCCGCCUCGGCAGAAAGGAGGCCUGGCUCGAGGAGCUGGCGAGCGGCAAGCUCGACGCCGUCAACUUUGACCUCAAGGUGGCCACCGAAGCCUCUUCGGGCUUGUCCGCGGAUGCGGCCGGGGUAAAGGUGGAGGGCGAGGCCGAGGGGCUCGCCAGCGACAGGCAUGGCGAUGUCGACGACGAGGGGGCCGAUCCCGACGCGCGCGAGGGGAGGAACGGAAGGGACGACCACCGGGACGUCCGCCGCCCGCGGGCCGAGAGCGUGCGGAUCGGCGACCCGGUGCUCACGACGCGAUACGGCGGCAUCGAGCCGAUCCCCGGGGAGCAGGUGCCCAUUCCUGCUUCGGACUGCCAGCUGCUCGUCACGGGUAUCCCUUCGGACAUUCCACGCGCCAAGCUCGAAGAGCACCUCCAGAGCCGACCGGGCUUCCGUUACCUGGCGCUCGGAGAGCCGCACGCGGGCAAGCGGUGGCACCGCGUCGGCUGGGCCAUGUACGACGAGGGCACCGACAUGGAGGAGACGGCGCGGGCGCUCGAGGGCAAGGACAUUGACGGCUAUGCUGUCCACGUCACCGUCUCGGCGCGGCCCGCGUCGGGCAAGGUGCGAUCGGUGCCCGAGUUUGCAAACUCUUUCGUCCGGCUGCAGCAGGACCUGAAGCAGGUCAAGGCGCUGGUGGCCAAGUUCGAGGAAGAGGACCGCACCGUCCUCUUCCGCGAUGAGGCCGAAGAGGGGGCCGCCUGGCUGCAGACCAAUGCCUCGGACGCCAUCCUGGCAAGGCACCGCGAGCUGGAGCCGGAGCUCGGCGACGAAGUCUUUGAGCAGGGCUACGAUGCCGACGAGGAGCCCGAGAGGCGCGAGGCGCGCAGGGCCAAGCUCAAGAAGCACCUCGACUGGCAUCUCGACCUGUUGCGCACCGUCUACCACACCGACUACUACCUCUCGCUGAUCUGCGAGUUCGGAGAGGAGCUCCUGCGGCGGAGUCCGCGCCACGCCCGACGCCAGGCGCCGCCCGGAGUGCUCUGCGAGACGCCGAGGGAGAGCACCAACGAUGAGUCGUGGUCCAAGAGCGUCGACCAGAAGGCCACGCUGCUGCUGACGGACGACAAAUCAGAUUUGACCGAGUUUGGCGGCAAGAGCGUCGACGCCGAAAUGAUGGCUGCGGCGCUGCCCUUUGUCAAGGAAGAGGAAAAGGAGAAGCACCGCUGCGUCGUCGAGGUCGCGGGCGCUCAGUGCGGCAAGCUGUUCAAGGCGGCCAUCUUUGUGCAGAAGCACGUCCUCAACAAGCACCGCGCCUUUCUCGAGUCGCACGCCGAGCAGCCAAUCCAGGAGACGCGCUUCUUCAACAACUACGUCCGCGACCCCUGCCGACCGCAGGCGCUCGCCGGUCACUCGGGCCCGGGCGGAGGAGCCGGCACCCCGCUCUCCCAGCGCUUUGGCGGAGCCACGCCAAUGGACGCGAGCCCGGGCGCUCCGUCGCCUCUCUUCAACAGCUCGAGGGUGGGACUGAUCCGGCUCGGCGGCAGCACGGCCGCCAUGGACUCGCCGUCGUCGACGGCGUCGUACGGCCGGCGAGCGACGUCGCCCGGUCGCAGGCUGGGCGAACGCAUCGGCGGCGUCAUGCCCUCGGCCGCGGUCCCCAUGGCCGGCAACGGCGGCUACGCCAGCCCCUCGUCGGCCUCGCUCAGCAUGCGCAUCGGCGGACUGGCCCCCAACGGCAGCCCCGCGGCAGACUGGAGGUCGGGGACGGUCAAGUUGCCCGCUGAACCGCUGCCGGACCCGCCCAAGCCCCUCGACCCGCGCGCCUCCCGUACGGCGGCCAUCAACAGCUACACGGACCUUGACGGGCCGGCCCAGGGCGACGUCGACGACCUCGCCUACUAA